UUUCUCCCCCUCUGUGGCUCUGCUUUCCGUAAACAACAAUUAGAAAAAUUUGCUCACUCUCUGUGACAGCUUUAAAAGGGCUUUGAUUGAAUACACACAGGCACACUUCUUCGUUUCGCCUCUUUUUUUGUGUUGCCUCUGGGGUCCCUUUAUACAGCAAACGAGACUAGCCUGAUUAUUAUUAAAACUCGACCUAGAGGCAGAGCCCAUUACUUGACUCUUCAAAUACCUUGUAUCUUGAGGGCCUUAGGUAUGGCGGAGAGUUUGGACGACGGUGAGUUUUGGCUUCCCCCUCAGUUCCUUACUGACGACGACAUACUCAUGGACAUGGGUAAGAGUAACAACAAGAAAGAAGCGUUUGGCUCUGAAGCUGAAGCUACUAACAGGGGUUUGUUUCCGUUUGAGUUUUCCAGUGGUUUUGGCUCUUUUGGGCACUCGUCCUCGGAUCUCAGUUCUCCUGUUGAGUCAGUGAUAGGGUCAACUGAGACCGAGAGUGACGAAGAAGAUUUCAUCGUUGGGUUGACUCGCCAAAUGGCUCACUCUACUCUUGAGGAAGAUUUCGCAGGAAACUACAAAUCUAAGGUUCGAUAUGUGUCUGGUUCGCCUCAGUCGACGCUAUGCACAGUUGGGAGUGGGUGCGGCUGCAGGCAGUUCUCCAGCCGUGUUGGUCCUAACUGUCAGUCACGGGUUUCUUCGCCGCCGGGAACUUGGGAUCUACUGUACGCGGCUGCAGGGGAAGUUGAAAGAAUCAGAAUGAACCAAGAAUCAUUUGGGUUGUACAAUCACAACAGGGGUCUAUUGGGUCCGCCCAAAAAACCAUUUCCGGUCACUGUUCCCGUAAAGAACCCCGCAAACCUUCUUGAUGUUGGCUUCUACAAGACUAACCACCAGCACUACCACGAACAGUCUCUUUCUCACCAGCAAUUACAAGCUUCUCAGUUUCAGCAUCUGAAGCAGCAACAAGCGAUGAAGCAACCACAAGGUUCAUCAGUUUGGGGAGGACCACAACGACAGGCCAAGGCGACAACUGGACUACAUCAUGUGGGUCUCAGCCGAAUCAAUAGUAGAAACUCGAUUCGGCCACUUGGUUUGUCGCCAUCUGCUUGGCCUCCCCUGCAACAAGCACAUCAGCAGGAGCAACCACAACAACAAAACGGGUCCGGUAUGCGGGCCGUUUUUCUCGGAGCUCCAAAAAAGGAAUGUGCCGGUACAGGUGUUUUCUUACCGCGUCGUGUAAACACCCUUCCUGAGACUCGCAAGAAGCCAGCUUGUUCGACUGUGUUGCUUCCCGCUAAAGUGGUGCAGGCGUUGAAUCUGAACUUCCACGACAUGGGUUCGCCGCUUCCUUCGUAUUACGAAAGUUAUACACCAGACGCUGAUGCUAAUUUGAGGUAUCGAAAUGGUUAUCAGAAGCGCAAUCUCAGGCCGCAGCAAGGAAUGAACCAUGAGAUCCAGUUGCCGCAGGAGUGGACCUUUUGACCCUCUUCCCCUUCUGGAUCUUCUGCAAACUUGUGUUCUUCUGGGAGUUUUUUAGGGAAGGAGAAGAAAACUUUCAAGAAAAAAAGAAUGAUAGUUUGCUAUAGGAAAAAGUAUUAGAAUAUAGACAUAGUUUCAAGGAGGGAGAAGCUAAAAAAAAAAAAAUCUUGAUGAAAGAAGCAGAUAUGAAAUGGUUUUUUUGGGGAUAAAAUUAGGGGGAAAAAUAAAAUUUGUACUGUUUGCAGGCAGUUUUCUUGAAGUUUCUUGGCUCAAGUAAAAAAAAAAAACAAAAGGAAGUGAUGGGUUUGGAUAGAAUUUUCUGUUCUAGAUUUUGUAAUUUGUGGCAAAAAUAAAAUGCUUCGGUGAAAGCCUUAAAAAAUAUUACCAUCAGUUAAUGAAAGAGCACAUAUUUGCCUGGAUAAAA